GAGGUUGUGUCGGUAGGAAAUGGCUUGCAUUGCAUCUCGGGUAAAAAAGGCGACCCAAAACGAAUAGUGUCACGCAUUUCCAACUUUGUGCGAGAAACACUUGGAAGCACCUACAAAAACACCAAGCUGUUGUACCCCAUUCCCGCAAUUACUCCGGACGGUCGAAUCAUUGACACUAUAUUGACUAUCCAAACCGAAACAAACAGCAAAGCAAAAAAACAAUUGCAGAUCCUGUUCCCUGAAAUAGUGCUUUUCUACUAUUUUGUUGCGAAGGUCCAUAUCGCAGAGGUGGAGAUGGAAAAACUGCAACAGGCUCUUCCAACACUGGAAAGUUUGCUGGAGAACAGGGGCGACGCCAUCUUCCAAAUAGAUUUCACCCAAGAUUUUUUCGGGUGCACUCGACCGAAAAGCGCUUGUCGAGCAUUUGCACAACUCGACAGAUUUUGCUUUCCAGGAUUUUGGGUUCCCAGAAGCGAGAGGCACUAUUCUGGACAACACAGCGAGCGUUGGUGAGCAGGUUUGCACUUGGAUACAGACGACCGACAGCGGGUAUACGACAAGGACAAAGCUAUACAACAAAAUAGUCUCGCAGUUCGAAGCGGGAGAAGUCCAGACCCAUUUUGAGGCCAUCUUGCGGACUACGUCUGUUGUACGGAGAAACACCUUCGCCCACCUGAAAGCGCAAAAAAGGUUGUACUCGAAUAGAGGUGUCUCUGUACGCUUAUCAAGGGGGAGGCUUUCCGAAGAAACAGCGAAAGAGUUGGUAUAAAACACCUUGGAGGAGGUUUCUCAAGAGGGAGAAGAUUUGUUUGUGGCACAGCCGCCGAAAAGGCAAUGGGAGAACCUUAGACCGCUGUCUCCUUCUUGCAGAUAGACCGCAGGGAGAGAUCCACAUGACUUGGGGAUUCCACAACACCACAGGGACAGGGGAUAGACGCCACACCAACAAGAGAUAG